GUCAAUGAGGAUAAACUCUCUCCAGGAUAUUUCAGUGUUCUCUCCAGUUUUCAACGAUUAAAAAGCAGUGAUUAACUUCGUUAAAUGUUACUUAAAAAAAAUAUAUAUUGUUGAGUUACUCAAGUUUAUCGAGGUGAUAUUGUUGAAAUCGUACAAAUGAAGAUGCAGGGAUACCAGGGAAGAACGUUUGAGGAUGACCAGAGGAAUAGGAGAGAUCAAGAGACUAUUGUCGUGGAUCUUGUGCCACCUCAGUAUCAACUGAGUCCACCUCACAGUCCGCAAAUUGGAAGUAUCAUUCCAAAAACUCCAGAAAAAGAUGCAUCAUCCCCAAGCAGUCACCAGUCGCAGUGUCCGCAGCCAUCACUAGCCAGCAUGGAUCCAAAUAUUCGUCGUUACCGUACAGCCUUCACACGUGAACAAUUGGCACGUUUGGAGAAGGAAUUUCAUCGUGAAAAUUACGUCAGUCGUCCGAAAAGGUGUGAACUUGCUGCCGAACUACACCUGCCGGAGUCAACAAUCAAGGUGUGGUUCCAAAACCGUAGGAUGAAGGACAAGCGUCAGCGAAUGGCGAUGGCUUGGCCAUAUGCAAUGUACACUGAUCCAGCGAUAGCAGGUCUCCUUGCAGCAGCAACAGCGGCCAUGGCACCGUCCCCUUAUCACUCACCCCCAGUGCCUGCUGGACACCUCGGCGUUAGCCCGAGUUAUCCAGCAGCAGCUGCAGCAGCUUAUUACGCAGCUAGAUAUCAUCCAUAUGGAAAUACCAACGGUUCGUCACUUCAUCGGCCCCAUCCCCAGUCGCCGGCAUAUCCACCGCAUCCUCAUCUUAUGCAGCCACACCAUCCCCUGCCACCCCUUCAUCUACCUAUGGCCAACGUCAACAACUUUGUCGCCACGCCCACCGGUCAGGGAGCUAAUGCACCAAGACCCGGAGGUGAAUACAGACCUGCGCACGUGCCCGAACUCAGUCCUGCUCAUUCGGACGCCUCGAGCGACUGCGACUGCGCGGGAUCACUUCAUCAUCACCAUGGACAUCAUCUUCAGGGGGGUGAUAAGGCCUCACCACCACUCAAGUUGCCGGUUGGACUCAAUCUUGUGGGACUUCCUGCGCAGAUUCAGAGCAUUCAGAGUGCAUUCGAGAGCAAGCACGGGGGGUAUCAUCAUGGAGUCAUUGGAUCCCCUACUGUGCAAACUACCAAGAUUGAACCACCCAAGCUUUUCCAACCUUACAAGAGUGAUAUCACGGAGAAGGCGUGAAGGAUUGUGAUGCCUGGGGGGAGUUUGGGGGUUGUGCAAUCGAGAUCUGGAGAGUUGUAACGGGUCUUCAAUGAUACUUAGUUUAAUGAAUUUGUAAAUAGGGGGAAUUGAGGAUGUACAAUAAUUGUACAAACAAUUGUAAAUAUGUUUUUUAUGCUUUCCGGUAGGAGUGUCGGUGUCGCGGUGCGAAUAAAUUGGAUAGCGUUUAGGUUAAGGAAAUUUUAACUUCUCUUCAUGUCGAUAAUUAGGGGUAGGUUUAUUUAUUGUGACGCCAAAUGUGAAUUAUUUCUUUUGAAUCUAUGUGUGUACAUAAUUGGGAAAGACAGAGGGAAAUAAAUAUUAUGUAUGAAAUUA